AUGAGAAUUUUCUUUGUAGCCCUAACAAUUUUGCCUAUUUUGUCCCGCACUGAAAAAGGUUUGAUACCAUCGUCUAUUAAUUCUAAUCAUCUACCUGCCUACACUAGCUUCAUGAGCGAAAUUGAACUAAAAAUGGGCCGUCUUAUGGAAGAGUAUCAAAAUUUGGCUUUGCUGAUGACCAACGCCAGAAACGCUCUAUGCCCUACUCCACCUACAUAUGCUCCGUGGUGUAUGUACAAUAAUUUUAUAAUGAGAAUGUAUAAAAAGCUGAGCUCUCUUGUGCGAGCAUACGGAAGCCUGACAAGAGUUUGCGCAAACGAAUACGAAGCUUUGAAGCACUUUCCAGGAACAAGCAACAAAUCGCAAGGAAUUAUUAUUGUCAGGCUUUUUGGCGCCAAAUUCAAAGCAGCUUCUGUCGCCAGCGUAGUCGAGAAACUGGCUCUUCAACUCUCUCUAUGGAAUACCUCUACUCCUGCGGAAACCAUGCUAAGAAUUGGAUGUGCGUUGGGAGAACGAAUGACUAAGGAGAAUGAAACUGAAACGUAUCACUCGGGUAAUCAUUCCACUCGUGAACCGCCGAUGAAGGUUGUUUGCGUUCUUAAAUAA